UUAGUAUUUUCCCAUUUUCCAAAUUAGUAUCAUACAUUCCAAUAUUGAAGAAAAAGAAAUUAAGAUGGGAAAGUGCAAACCCUAAUUCCAAAAAACGCCAAUCAAGAUUUUGCCAAAUCAAAAACUUCCAAUUCGUUUUAAUGAAAUUACCGAAAUUAAAUAACUACGUUUAUUAUUUCCCGCUGUGGCGAGGAACACACUACAGUUUACCAGCAUGAUUGUUCUUCCCCUUUUCCUCCAAAUCUUAAUCAACUGAUAUAAAAAUGGAGUCGUCUGAAGUUAGAGUGAGGUACGAUCUCCACUAGCCACCACACUACGGCUAUUCGUCGAUUGAGAUUCUGCAAUUAUAAUCGCUAGAUCUCAUCCGAUGCCUGCUAACCAGCUCAGGCUUCCUCGUUCCGCCGCCGACGGAGGCUUUCCAUGGCGGUGGUGGCGUCAAUUAUCAAAACGUCACUGGACCAUCGCCGCCGCCGCUGCUGCCGCCGCAUUCUCUGUUUUUCUUCUCAUCUUCCCUAGAAUCUCGUUCUCGCGUACAUUAACGGAUACAAAUACGAAUUCAGGAGCUUCCGAGUGGGUGCCUUUCACGCCUUCAUCCAAAGCACAGGAAAAGUCCGCGUUUUGUUUGGAUGGGAGUUUGCCUGGGUAUCAUAUACAAAGAGGCUUUGGAUCUGGCUCUGACAGUUGGCUUCUCCAUGUUGAGGGUGGAGGAUGGUGCAACACUGUAUCGUCAUGUUCUUCUCGGAAGAAGACGAGCUUAGGUUCAUCAACCUACAUGGAACAUCGAGUUCAAUUUUUUGGAAUUCUGAGCCAUGACCCACUUCAGAAUCCCGAUUUUUUCAACUGGAACAAGGUGAAAAUAAGGUAUUGUGAUGGAUCCUCAUUUUCCAGUCACCCAGAGAGUGAGCCUAAUAAUAAUGGAACUAAAAUUUUCUUUAGAGGUCAGCUUAUCUGGGACACGCUUAUGGAUGAGAUAUUGUCAAUUGGGAUGUCUAAAGCUAAAGAGGCCUUUCUGACAGGAUGCUCUGCUGGUGGUUUGGCCACACUCAUACACUGUGAUGACUUUCGGGAUCUUCUGCCGAAAGAUACAAAUGUCAAGUGCCUUGCCGAUGCAAGUUUUUUUCUUAAUGAGAAAGAUAUUGCUGGAAAACCCACCAUAGAAUCCUUUUAUCAUGGCGUUGUACAUAACCAGGGUGUAGCUAAAAGUUUGAACCGUGAUUGUGCUGCCAGAUCUGAACCUUCUAAGUGUUUCUUCCCUCAAGAAUUUAUAGCAAAUAUAAAGACCCCGGUUUUCCUUGUUCAACCCGCAUAUGAUUUUUGGCAGAUAGCAAAUAUUUUGGUGCCUGAUUCAUCGGACCGCAAUAGCAGCUGGAUCCGGUGCAAGCUAAAUAUUUUGAAUUGUGAUUCCAAACAACUAAAUGUGCUUCAUGGUUUCAGAAAUUCAUUGCUCACGACACUCCAGAAAUUUAGACAAAAUCCGAAAGGGGGACUAUUUGUCAAUUCUUGUUUUGUCCAUUGCCAGACAUGGGCAGCUGGGACAUGGCAUUCGCCCACUUCUCCUAGAAUCAACAAUAAAACAGUUGCAGAAGCAGUAGGUGAUUGGUACUUUAGAAGAGGAGAAUCAGUGCAUAUUGACUGUCCAUUUCCCUGCAAUCCCACUUGCUAUCAUAGAGAUCUCACUUUUGGGUGACACGACGAAGAUCAGUAUAUAUAUAUAUUUUAAUCCAGACAAACGGGCUUUGUGUGCACGUGGGCCAUUUGUUUCGCUUAGACCGCCCCAAGUAGAAAUGGACUAAUGGACCGAAUUCUUGAUAAAUUCUUUUGGGCUAAAAAAAUCCAACAUGAGAAAUAACAGCCGAAUUCCUGACUUGCAGGAUUGAUGAUAUUCAAUUCAAGGUGUGUUUUUUUUCUUUCUUUGGCCAGUUGGAGGUGACGUCAUUUCAGUAUUGAUCGUAAAUUCUGGUACGUACGUAGUGACAGUUGUAUACUUGCUGGUGGUGGUGGGUCAGCUUUAAUCUGGCUGUUUGGCUCUAUUUUUGGAAUAAGAAAAACGUUAUAUAUAGACUUGACAAUUUAAUACUUAUUAUUAUUAUUAU